AUCAAUCAGGAUUGAAGUUUCAAUCUUAACUUGAAUCUAAAAAGCGAUGCGAUGAAUUUCGUUGGCAUUUCCAGCUUGGUCAUUGUGGCAUUUUUCGCAGGAGGAAACGCAGCGUGGAAACCGUUUUCUCCGGAAGAAACUCUGUUCACCUACACGAGAUGUAUGGAGGACAAUGCGAAAGGGGAUCUUGCCCUAGCGAAAAAAUGGAUGGCUUGGAAGCUUGAGGCGGACCAAAAAUCAGCGUGUUAUGCCAAGUGCGUUCUGGUUGGGUUGGAACUUUUUGAUGAGAGCUCCAAGACGUUCAAGGGGGGCCAUAUUCUUGAGCAAUACCAAAAAUACAAAAGCUAUACUAGCCAAGAUGAGGCUGGUGUUAAAAAGUUCCAGCAAGCAGUUCAAGCAUUGGGAACCAUUGAUAGUGCAGAUUGCCUAAAAGUUUUGCAGAAGUACGGACCAGUACACGCACAGUUUACAGAUGUUCAGAGAAAUGUCUAUUUUGGCAAAAAAGAAAUCACCGAUAAGAUAUACAACUCUGAUUCUACAGUCAAGAAGCGAGAUGAAACCAUGUUCCGGUUCUGCGAAAGAAGCAAUUUCAAGGAUGGUAGCGAAGAGUUGUGCACUUUGAGGAAAACUGGCAUUACCACGAACAACAACCAUCUGGAUUGCUUGUUCCGUGGUCUUCGAUACUUGGACAGGAAUGGAAACAUCAAUCCUGAUGAAAUCAAGCGUGAUUUACAUUUUAUCAACGUGAAGGAUAAAGACGCUGCAGUGGACAACGCCUUGAACAACUGUAAGGUCAAGGAAGCAACCAAGGCUACUGACUAUAACGAUUGCCUGUGGAAGGAUCCAAAUCUGAAGGAUAUUAUGAUGCCGGUAUUCGACUAUCGUGAAGUGAGAUCGGAAUCGUAUCGUUACUUUAUUGAAAAUACUGAACCUUACGAUGUUUCAAAAGUUAAGGAAAAGGUUAAGAAAUACGACAAGGAUGCAGGCUGUUAGUUGAAAGUGGCAAAAAUGGAACGGACAAUGGCAAUAAAAUUCUAUUGUAAUCACAGCAUCAACAA